AUGAGUUUGGAACAAAGAAAUAAAAAGGUUACGGACGUGUACGAAAAGUAUAAAAUUGCAGAAUGGGGCAAUGGACCUAGAAGAACGUGUGCACAAGUAGCGACAAAUGUGGUCGAACAGAAGCAUCAGGUGUCUAGAGCCAAGAGAAGUCGAGCUCUUGGAAGCAGGGCCUUCAGAGGCAGCACAGUAUGGUUCACAGGCCUCAGUGGUGCUGGAAAGACUAGCAUAGCCUUCGCUCUUGAAGCUUACCUGGUGUCUAAAGGUAUUCCGGCUUACGGUUUAGAUGGAGACAACAUCAGGACAGGUUUGAAUAAGAAUCUGGGCUUCACCAAAGAGGAUCGUGAGGAAAACAUCAGACGAGUGGCUGAGGUCGCCAAACUCUUUGCUGACAGCGGAGUAGUUUGUCUCUGCAGUUUUGUCUCACCUUUUGCCGAGGAUCGUGAAGUAGCUCGCCGCAUCCAUGUGGACUCCGACCUGCCGUUCUUUGAGGUUUUCAUCGACACUCCUUUGGAAGUGUGCGAACAGAGAGACACCAAGGGUCUCUACAAGAAGGCUCGAGAAGGAUCUAUUAAGGGCUUCACCGGCAUCACACAAGAGUAUGAACGUCCCGAGGCCCCGGAACUCAUCGUCCAGACAGUUGGGAACUCCAUCGAAGAGUCCACUAUGCAUGUCAUACGCCUGCUUGAAUCACAGGGCAUAAUCCCCUGUUUCGAAGACAGUCGCAAGAGGGUAGAGGAGCUGUUUAUCUACGGCAACAGACUUACUAGUGCUAUCGAAGAAGCUGCUAGACUGCCAAACAUCGAACUUAAUACACUCGACCUGCAGUGGGUACAGGUGCUGUCUGAAGGAUGGGCGUAUCCUCUGAAAGGUUUCAUGAGGGAACAUGAAUAUUUACAAGCUUUACAUUCCAACUGCCUAACUCUGGCUGACGGCUCAAUAGUCAACCAAUCAGUGCCAGUAGUUCUACCAGUCGACACUGAAGCCAAAGACCGUCUGACUGGUGCCAACGCCAUCGCCCUCACUUACAAUGGGAAGGCCGUGGCCGUACUCCGGUCUCCUGAGUUCUAUCCACACAGGAGAGAGGAGAGAUGCUCCCGACAGUUCGGUAUUUAUCAUACUGAACACCCUUAUAUCAAGAUGAUCAAGGAAGCCGGAGAUUGGUUGGUGGGCGGCAACCUGGAGGUGUUUGAGCGUAUUCGCUGGGACGAUGGUCUGGACUCCUACCGGCUAACGCCCAACGAACUGAGACAGAAGUUCAAGGAACUUGAAGCAGAUGCUGUAUUCGCUUUCCAACUACGUAACCCCAUCCACAACGGCCACGCGCUACUGAUGCAAGACACGCAGCGUCAGCUAGUGGAGCGCGGCUUCCAGAAACCUGUGCUGCUAUUGCAUCCUCUAGGUGGGUGGACAAAGGACGACGAUGUUCCUCUAGACGUGAGGAUCAACCAGCACAAGGCCGUGCUCAACGAGGGAGUACUGGACCCGCAGGCUACUGUACUCGCCAUCUUCCCAUCACCCAUGAUGUAUGCUGGACCCACUGAGGUCCAAUGGCACGCGAAGUGCCGUAUGAACGCGGGCGCCAACCACUACAUCGUGGGCCGCGACCCGGCCGGCCUGCCGCACCCGGCCGGCGGCGGGGACCUGUACGACCCGCGCCACGGGGCCAUGGUGCUCAAGAUGGCGCCCGGACUUAAUGAACUUGAGAUCAUUCCAUUCCGCGUGGCUGCGUACGACACGUCUGUCGGCAAGAUGGCGUUCUUCGACCCCACUCGCAAGGAAGAUUUCGACUUCAUUUCCGGAACUAGGAUGCGAGGUCUUGCUAAAUCCGGCAAGGAGCCGCCAAAGGGCUUCAUGGCACCCACAGCAUGGAAAGUGCUCUCCGAAUACUACCAAUCACUGAAAUCCAAGAUGGACACCAACUAA